AUGGACAGGAUCGAGAGAUUUUUGGGGAGAAGGCCUAUGAAGAACUGCCGCAAAGUCAAGUCCGAGGGGAAGGAGUUCCUGAUUACUAAGAAGGAUGUGAAGCUCAUAAGAAGCUACAAGAAGAGUGUGUGUAUGGAUCCCGAUGUCGAUCUGUAUAGGCCGUUGAAUCUCAGCUUCAGCAGAAAGACUAUGGAUGAAGGCAUGGAGACGAGAAGGAGGGUAGCGGCGCCCCAAGGAAGAAAGAGGCCCAAAAAGGAAAGACGGCAUAGCGGGAGGAAAGUGCCAGAGAGCAGAGACAGGAAUGAGAUUGUCGACAUAUGGGAAGAAGAGGGUCUUGAGGAUCUAAACGAUUACGAGCAAGACAUAUUUGUGAAGGCCGGAGAUGCGUAUACAGGGCCGGUGGAGAAGCUGGAAUAUAGAAAAGAGGAUCUCCAGAGCGAUCUGAGGAGAGUUUACCUAAGACUCUAUGAGCCAAGGGAGGGGAAGAGCUACAGGUUGAAAGAUCUGAUCAAGGAGCUACCCAGACCAGAAACUCUAAGGCCGUUUCCGGAAGAGAUUGGUCUUUCUUUUAAGUUUGAAAGGCUUGGGCCUGUCGGCGUCAGCCAGGACUUCAAGAUGUUUGGUGUGGGAGAAGGAAAUAAGCUGUGCAUUUAUGAAUUUAGGAGCUUUGUGAAGGUGAAACACGUUGUCUUUGACUCUGAGAUCAGGAAGAUCAUGUUUGCAAAGGGAGAGACUAUAUGUGUGUUGCUGGCGAACAGCGCUAUAUGUAUUGUGAAUGAUGUCUUUGGAGGAGAACUUCCCGACGGCCAGAAGUCUUUCUUCUAUCAGGAGUUUCCCGUGUGGAGCAGGAAGGGGCCUGGGGAAGAUGCUGUGAGUAGCUGCACAUGUACUGUGAUAAGGAUGGAGGGGAAGAUAAACGACAUGGAUGCACACCACGAUGGACGGUAUGUAAAUGUGGUCUGUGGAAAGAAGGCCAUGGUAUACGACCUUAAGGAAAGAAAGGGGUUGGAGAUACUAAGAGUCCGGGGAGUGGCACCUCUCAAGGCAAAGUUUCACAAGUCUCUGGACACGGUCAUCAUUUCCACAACAAGCUCGUUGAUAGUGUAUGACCUUGCGUCUAAAAAGAUAGUGAGGGAAGCAAAGGAGUUUUCGUUUGUCCUUGAUUUCUUUAGCAUUUCGGACGAUGUGGUUGUGCUGGUGAAUAACUUGAACAAAAUAAUUCUGUAUGACUGGACGAACAACAGUGUAAAAAGAAGCAUGCUUCAAGAGGACGUGGGGAUGGAGGUGGUCCAACACAGAAGGUUCAAUCUCAUGUGUGUCUCGUAUCCCACGGAGAUGAUUGUUUUCUACAACGAUGUGAGAAAUGAUCUAGUUGUCCCUGUCAAGAGGAUUCCUGGAAAGUAUAGAAACGUUUUGUUCCAUCCCCAUCUUCCCUGGCUGUAUGGGGCCAGUGGAAACAAGGUGUGUGUGUUUACAUAA